AUGAUUUCUUGUAUUCCAUUGAAGUCGUCAACUGAUGCUGUCUCCCUCUCCUCGGCUAAGUUGAUAGAGAAGGCCGAGAGCCCUUGUCGGGCGGAUGAUGUCGACGAUAUAAUCCAGCAAUCGUCAUCUCUUAAUUCGUCUCUUCCAGAGAUUGUUGUUCUUGGGCGCCUCGCGGGCGUCGAGGUCGACUGUGUGGUUGAUUCCGCUUCUGGUUACUCGUACGUGGCCACCGAUGAUACUGAUCGUCUUCCAGUAUCAUCAUACAAGCUCGAGCAUCCGUUAGCUGUCAGGGUUGCCAAUGGAUCUAUUGUAGAGGUCCAUUCCGCUGUCUCCGGUAUCCUUGAAUUGCUCGAUGCACUUUCUCAGGCUACGGUCUGUUCCUCCGAGAUAUGCUUCUUCGAGAUGUCCACCGAGGUUGGUCAAGGCUUCCACGCUGAGAGACUCCGAUCCGCGGCUGUAGCGGUGCGGCAGCACUGUGUCUUCUGUGCACGGUUCUGUGCGACGUUCCCUAAGAACUGGGCCGUUCCGUGUGGGGGACCCUUUUUUGACAUUAGUAGUCUCAUGAAACUGCCUGCCUACAGUGUCGUCGGGAUCGACUACGUCUCCUUGGCACCUAAGACCGUGCGGCUUAUUUUCGCAGCAGUUCAUUCUUGGAUGGUCUCAAGAACUUGGGCAUUCAAAGUGUGCAUUUGGCUUCUCGCUCGCCAUUUGAAGGGUCUCUAUAUGAGCGCCGAAACCAAGAAGUUCGCCGUCUACUUCGCUUCUUUGUGGUUAAAGGAUCGUUCCACCCGCAAUGCCCGGGGUGGCAGUAGAGGUAGAGCGGGAGUUCUUUCUUUCGCUGCUGAUGAGUUGGUCUUUGUCAAGAGCGGCAAGUCUAUCAAUCCUGCUCGGGUUGUCAAGACUCUCCCUGGCUCUGAUGGUGUUGUUAGACGUCUCUUAGUACGUAACAUCAAGUCAGGUCGAGAAUCCACCGUCUCUCAUCAUAAUGUCGCUAAGUCCUGCAUAGAGUCAGAUCUUCAGGUGUAG